AUGGGCCGCAUCAAGAAGUCCACCCGCAAGUUCGAAAAGAACCACCUCAAAGACACGCUCGACCAGCGCAAGGCCCAGGCCAAGAUCAAGCAGCAAUUCGCACUGCGGGACCGCAACAAGAAGCGCCGCAAGGACGAUCUCGGUAUCACCGACGACGACGAGGCCGCCGCGAAGGCGCGCGCUGAGCAGAAGGCCAAGGAGAAGCGCGAUGGGCCGGAGCUGUUUGAGGAUAUGAGCGUCGAGCAGUUCUUUCAGGGCGGCUUUGAGAUUCCUGAGGCUGGGGUGGUGCCGAAGAAGGGACGGAAGGGGAAGAAGGAGAAGGAGAAGGAGAAGGAGAAGAAGAAGGAGAAGGAGGGGGAGAAGAAGAGGAAGAGGGACGAGGAGGAGGCUGCAGCUGGGGAGGAGGAUGGAGAGGAGGAGGGGGAGGGCAGUGCGGAUGAGCUCGAGGCCCAUAUGAAGGAUCUCUCGGCGCUGGCCGAGAAGGACCCAGAGUUCUUCAAGUAUCUCAAGGAGAACGACGCCGAGCUGCUCGACUUCACGGCCGCCGAGCACGACGACCUCGCCGGCAUCGACGACCUCUCCGACGGCGAGAACGACGAGGACGAGCCCAAGAAGAAGAACAAGAAGCGCAAGAUGGCCAAAGCCGGCGCCGAGGACGCCAACUCCAGCACGGAGGUCACUCUCGAGGACGUCGCCGCCUGGAAGACCGCCCUCACCGAGCAGAACUCGCUCCGCGCGCUGCGCAACGUCGUGCUUGCCUUCCGCGCCGCCGCACACGUCAACGACGUGCAGGGCGAGAACCCCGCCGCGGGGGGCUACAAGUACUCCAUCACCAACCCGGACGUGUACCACGAGCUGCUCAUCGUAGCGCUCAAGCACGUCCCGGAUGCGCUGAACCACCAUCUGCCGGUCAAGGAGUCGGCCAAUGGGCGUGUGCGCGUGGCCAUGGAGACGAAGAAGUACCGCACGCUGAGCCCGUUGGUGAAGUCGCACAGCGCGUCGCUGCUGCAUCUGUUGCCGACGCUGACGGAUCCGGCGACGCAGAGGCUGCUGCUCAACUCGGCGGUGCCGCUGGUGCCGUAUUUUUUGUCGUUUAGGAAGUUCUUGAAGACUUUUAUUAAGACUGUCACUGAUAUCUGGUGCGCGCACUCGUCGGAUGAGACCACGAGGAUCACGGCAUUCUUGGUGAUCAGGAAGACGGCCGUCGUGGGCGAUGAGGGGCUGAAAGAUAUUUGUGCGAAGGCGCUGUAUGCGGGGCUGGUCAAGGCGAGUAGGCAGACGAGCGGGUAUACUAUGGCGGGUAUCAAUCUCAUGAAGAACUCGGCGGCGGAGGUCUUUGGAAUGGAGGGCAUGGAGAAGGUUGGAUAUCAGGUUGGCUUUGGCUACAUCCGCCAGCUCGCCGUGCAUCUGCGGAACAGCAUCACAAACAACUCUAAGGAGUCCUACAAAACAAUCUACAACUGGCAAUACGUCCACUCCCUCGACUUCUUCUCCCGCGUCCUCUCCACCCACUGCGACACCCUCACCGAAGCCACCCUCGGCCGCCCCUCGCCCCUGCGCCCGCUCAUCUACCCCCUCAUCCAAGUGACCCUCGGCGCCAUCCGCCUCAUCCCCACCGCACAGUACUUCCCCCUGCGCUUCUACCUCACCCGCUCCCUCCUGCGAAUCUCCCGCGCCACCGACGUCUACAUCCCGCUCUCGCCCCUCAUCUUCGAGGUCCUCUCCUCCGCCGAGCUCAAGAAGAAGCCCAAGCCCUCCACCCUCAAGCCCCUCGACUUCGGCACCACCAUCCGCGCGCCCAAGUCGUACCUGCGCAGCAAGACCUACCAGGACGGCGUCUGCGAGCAGGUCGUGGAGCUGCUGGCCGAGUUCUACGUGCUGCACGCCAAGAGCAUCGCGUUCCCCGAGCUCGCGAUCCCCGCGAUCGUGCUCGCGAAGCGCGCCGUCAAGAAGAGCAAGAACGCCAAGCUGAACAAUGCGAUGGAGGUGCUGGUGGGCAAGCUCGAGGCGAACAGCAGGUAUGUGCAGGAGCGGCGGAGCGGCGUGGAGUUCGCGCCGGAUAGGGUGGCGGAGGCGGAGGCGUUUAUGAGGGAGGUGGAGUGGGAGAGGACGCCGUUGGGCGCGUAUGUGGUGAGUCAGAGGAAGGUGAGGGAGGAGAAGAUGAAGAUGUUGGAGGAGAGUAUGAAGGAGGAGAGGGGGAGGGGGAGGGAGGGGGAUGAUGAGGAGGAGGAGGAGGAGGUGUUGGGGGUGGAUGCUAGUGAUGAUGAGGAGGAUGGCAAUGAUGAUGAUGAGGAGGAGGAGGAAGAUGAGGAGGAGGAGGAGGAGGACGAUGAGGAGGACGAUGAAUAG